GGCGGGUCCCACAUCCCCGCCCCUCCCCCCACCCCCUGGCCCCUCCCCCCCCCCAGACGAGUCGUGUUUCGCCCCCCUCUUCGCCCACCACGAGAUGCACGAGAUCGUCAAGAACUUCCUCGUCGUCCACGUGGACCCGCCCGGCAUGGAGGAAGGAGCCCCGCCCUACCCCGCAGGGUACCAGUACCCCUCCCUGGAGCAACUGGCCGAGAUGAUCCCCUGCAUCCUCCAGUACCUCAACAUCGCCAGCAUCAUCGGGAUGGGGGUGGGAGCCGGCGCCUUCGUUUUGGCUAAGUUUGGGCUGCUGCACCCCGAGGCGGUGGAGGGGCUGGUGCUCGUCAACAUCGACCCCCACGCCAAGGGGUGGAUGGAUUGGGCGGCGCACAAGCUGUCGGGGCUGACGUCCUCCACCACCGAGAUGAUCUUGGCCCAUCUCUUCACCCAGGAGGAGCUGGCGGCCGCCCCUCCCCCAGUGCGGGAGGGGCGGGAGCGGCUGGGGGCGACGCCCAACGCCCCCCUGCUGUGGGCCAUGUACAACAGCCGCGGGGACCUGGGCCUGGAGCGCAGCGGGGCCGGCAGCCUGCGCUGCCCCGUCCUGCUGGUGGUGGGCGACAACUCCCCCCACGAGGACGCCGUGGUGGAGUGCAACGCCAAGCUCGACCCCACCCAGACCUCCUUCCUCAAGAUGGCUGACGGAGGGGGCCAACCCCAGCUCACCCAGCCGGCCAAGCUGACGGAGGCCUUCAAGUACUUCGUGCAGGGGAUGGGCUACAUGGCGGCGGCGGCCAUGACGCGUCUCUCCCGUUCCCGCACUUCCUCCCUGGGCGGGGCCGGGGCGGGGGAGGGGGGGCGGGGGCCGCAGCCUGUCACGCGGCAGCGCGGGCGGGGCCCCCCCCGCCCCCUAAUUGGAGGGGAGCCGGGGAAGACACGCCCCCCCAAAGCCCACCCUGCCCCGCCCCUCGCUGAAGAACCGCCCCCCCCCCCCCCCCCCCAGAGAACACCCUGAGGAGCCCCCAGUC